AUGCUGCUGCGUCUUGCCUCGGGACUGGAAGCGCAAGCAGCCGCGACAUUGCACGAGCUCGCCCGUGGUGGCGAUGCCCUCGGCCACGUCGACUUCAGCUGCGAGGCAGGACGGGCACAUGUUCAUGGCGUUGGCCUCGAUCUGAGCGCCGCAGAUGCAGCAUGCACUGGAUCGAGAGAAGGAUAG